AUGUACAGCUGCUCGCGAGACACUACCGUGAGGCAGUGGAAUCGAUCUGGGAUCUCGGCGCUUCGGGUAUUUGAAGGCCACGACCUUGCCUGUACGGCGAUAGCGCUCAGCGAAGGUGAUGUGCCAUCCCAACGCAAGAUCUUGCCCGCUCGUCAAUCCAUCCUUUCGAAACUGUUUCACGACGACGACCCGCCGCCCUACGAACACUCCCUGGAAGACGAGAAAGCCCUCUACUCCGGAUCUCGGGACACCAGCAUACGCGCAUGGGACGUCCAAACGGGACAGUGCAUCUCCUCGGCAAAGGUGCCACGCAACCUGGUCACUUGCCUCAAGUGCCUCUCGGGGGAAUUGUCUUCUUCCGUAGCGCAAGGAGGGGAAGACUUGAAGCUCAGGGUGUGGGACGCUCGAGAGGGGGGGCUGAGGCCUUCGAUGACCAUCGACGGAUACACCUUUUUCCCGCUAUGGGACCUGCGGAGCCCGGGAAUUCCCGUGAGGGAGUACACCGGGCACACUCAGGACACCACCGCCUGCGUGUUUGUAACUUCGAAGGAAGGGGGAGAUGACGGGAGUGGGGUAGAAGAGAACGGCUAUGGUGUGUCGCCCUCCCCAUCGACUUCACUGUCCGCUCCUUCCUCCCGCGGGAUGAUCGCUACGGCUUCGAAGGACGGGACUGUCAAGAUCUACGACCUUGCUGACGGAAGCAUUCUGGUAGAUCACGUAGAACCCGAGUGUGGCGGGUAUACCGGCCUUGCCAUUCAGCGCGACUCGAGGACGGGGGCCCCCGUCUUUUACGCGUCAACCAUCACGGGGGGAUUGUACGCGUUACGGCUGGAAGAGGAAGUGGCGACGGCGGCGCAAAGCCAAACGGAGCUGCAAGAGGGGGGGCUACGGUUACGUUGCGUUGGCUUUGUGCGUGGCAACCCCAUCUUGUGA